AUGGCUGAAAUGAACAUGGGCAUGUUGCCCACCAUAAAAUGCUCCAAUUGUGGGUGCAGUGUCGAGAUCUCCUCCAUGGGGGAUCAUACUUGCAUUCGAAAUGAAUUUGCCCCAGUUGCACCUAUUCCAUCACCGCCUCCAUCGGCUGGGUUUGAUUCAGACCGAUUCACAGAGGCAAAGGUUAGCCGGGGACCUCCUUCGGCCAUAGACCCCUCCGCUGCAAAUCGAGCAUUCUUGCAGCCCAAUAUGCCGACACCGGCCAAUAGUGUCAAUCUAUCACCGUUCCCUGCCAGUCCUGCACCAUCUACACUGCGCCCGUCCCACAGUCCGACCGAAGAUCAAUCCGAGAGCAAGUUGGAGACGGUCUUCUCAUUUCCCAUGCCUGGAAACAGGUCGCCGACUGAAGUGAGAACACCAAGUCCAAUGAUGGAUCGGAAUCUGCUGAAAUCACGACCGGCACCGUCGCCGGGAAUGGGGUUGGGUGUAAAGCCAGAGAAUAUACAGCUUCCACCUAGUCCAAUGCCACCCAAGUCCCCUGAUGUGAACCAUCGUAGGGAGGAUUCGGCGGUGAGCCACAGCAGCUACCGGUCGUCUUUCGCCAGCAGUCGAUACGGUGAUUCCACAACAAGGUCAUCAGCCAACAGCCUCUCGCGUGGAUUCCGGUCAUUUAUGGAAGAUACACCCCCAGUGCCAUUGGCACCUCUCCGAACCCCCCAUAAUACGUCUGUCCCCGGUGAUUCCAACGCCUCGGUGGUUUCAUCCCGAAUUAGCAAGGAAGAGGCUAGUGGAUUCGACUUUGGUAUUCCUACAGGUCAGAACCAAACUACCGGACUACACGAUCUCCCGGAGGAAUCCCCUCCAUUUCAGGAUCACACUGAAUAUAUUCCUUUCCGCCCUGGACAAACACUUCUCCACCCCGCGACAGCGGAAGCAGAACUAGGUAGUGAUGCACCGAGGAAACUUUCUAACGCAAGCACUACAAGUGCAUUUUCCGUCACUAGCUUCGCCCGGGCUCUAGGUCUAGAUGACCAAAUGAAUCACUCUGAAGGCUCUGGCUCGGAUUCAUCGCUUUUCGAUACUCGCAGUGGUAGUUCCAUGUCCAGUCUUCCCUCCGAUGCCAGCUUGAACCGACACAAGCCCACAGAGCAGCUGAAUCUAUUACCCCUGGUUGAAGAUAUGCCCUCCCGGACCCGUCAAACCGUUCUAGAAAUACCCGGUCGUACACGAAGCACCAUGGAAGAUGUCCCUCCCAUCCCAGCUGCUUUCUUCAGCCCGGAUUCACCUACAGACCCUUCAAUCAACAGAGGCGGCGUGUCGUUGAUUGCAGAAAGCAAAGAACCCCCAACCCCGACCCUGACUCCAACACAACCAAAAGCAUCUAUCCCCCGAAAGCCAGCACCACCCCAACGUUCAUUCACCGCACCAAUCCCCCCACAACCAAAAACACCAAUAACACCAACCCGGUCCGCGACUGGCCGGUCAAAGGGAAAGUGCAAGGGAUGCAAUGAGACGAUAACAGGAAAAUCAAUCUCAUCCUCAGACGGUCGUCUCACAGGCCGCUAUCACCGCGGUUGCUUCGUUUGCUUCGAAUGCCACUCCCCUUUCCAAACAGUCGAUUUCUACGUCCUUAACAACCGACCCUACUGCGCGCAACAUUAUCACGAGCGCAACGGCUCCCUUUGCGCCGGUUGUCACACCGGUAUCGAGGGCCAGUAUCUGGAAACCGUCGAGCGGAACCCUGCACGCCCAGAUCGCCGUCGAUUCCACACCCAGUGUCUGCAGUGUCGUACAUGUCACGUCCUUCUCAAGGGCGACUAUUUCGAAUGGAACGGCGAAGUCUUCUGUGAAAGAGAUGCUCGGAGAGCAGCAGCUGCCUCAAACCCUCCGCCUCCCCCUGGACCUCCUGGACCCCCUGGUCGUCGCCGUCCCAUGCCAGGCUCGUCUCCCCUCGCACAGUCUGGUCACUUCCCACCGGGAUCGUACCCUCCACCUGGCGCAAGGCCGGGGCCUGGACCAGGACUCUACCCCGGUCCUAGAUUCCCACCUGCGGCUGGAGGUGGAGGUGGAGGACGCUUCCCUGAACGACGGACCACUAAGCUUAUGAUGGUUUGA